AUGGGCGACGCGCAGGCUCCCGGAGGCUACUUCGUCGGCCGUCCGGCCAACUACGAGGAGAAACCGCAAGAUGCUGCCGAUGCACAGAACAGAGGGAGCACUCCUCCUGGUUUUCAUGCUUCUCCGGCGGCCGAGUGGAGAGCUAGCUGGCUGGUCUGGCCGGCCGUGCUCGGCAUUCAUUCUCUCAACGAUUUCGAGUACCAUCUGUAA